AUGAGCUCCAACUAUGCUUCGCCACAGGCAGGCUCGUCCCCCAACAACAAUUCCUCUUCGGACUCCUCGCAAGCAUUUGCCGACAAUAACCCCGCUCUGGCAAGAAACAACAAGCUCCUCCUCCGGCCGGAGCUGGUGAAGAGGCCAGAUUUUUUCACACUGUACUUUGGGUUCUUUGGUGAAGCUGCCUGGACACGGGAACUGGGUAGGAUGAUCACAAGUCGAGUGGAGAAUCAGUAUGUCUUGACAGCGCGAUAUCCAACCCAAGAGGAAAUGGAUGCGCAUCUAGAGCAUGGGUCACGGACGCUCUACUACCGACGCAUCGGAUUGCCCGUGAGCGCAUUUGCAGGUACCGCGUACUUCUAUAACAAAGCCCGCAAAUCGCCCGACUUCCCGGCCAACCCUACACCCAAGUCUCUCUUUGAUACGGCGCGCCAUAUGUGGAAAUUCGACAUAAACGACUUCAGAAGGACAGUUCCGUCGACUGCAUUCAAGAUGCUUUUCAUCACUACCGCUGCCGUCAUGGCAUCAGGCGGCUGGGCUGUCUCUUCCGAUGCCGUGUCCACCUUGGGCGAUCCACGCAUGAAGAAAUUCCUCGAAGAUAUGCGAAAAUCUGAUCCCGAGGAAGUACGCAAGCGCAAGAUUCAAGCGGCGAACGAGAGAGUUCGCAGCAUACGCCAGGGCGGCGCGGAUAUCGGCACUCAGAUACGACAGCAGAAUGGACAGGGCGUGUCCUCAGGGGGCGAUGGUUAUUCUGAGGACAACUACGACUCCCCAGAAGCACCGGCUCCUCCCUCUGAUAAUGAUGCAUACAACAGCACCUCGAUGAGCUCCCAGUCUUCAUACGAGCCGCAAGCUGAACCAGAACAGCGCAUCAACACUGGUGCAGUUUGGGCACGGGGCAGAGGCUCCCAACCUGAAUCGGAAUCAGCAUUGGAUUUCAUGGACGAAGACGACGCUAGCCCUACGGCUGUGGAAUACCGCAAUUCCAACAUUGACGGCUCACCGUCCGGUAGCACUUGGGAUCGCAUCAGACGACAGAAUGCGGGAGGACGCUCGCCUCGCCAGCCGCCUGGUAUGACCAACCCCUAUGCUGAGUACUCGGAUCAUAACCGGGAACAAUACGGCUCUGGUCAAACGAGCGAGAAGGACCGAGCACAGGCAGAUUUCGAUCGGAUGAUUGAUGCGGAGCGGAAUGCCGGCAACGGUGGAUCCUCUCGUAACCGAGGCUGGUGA